AAAUCAAAUCAUCCAACCUCAUUUAUGCGCUGUCAAAAAAUUGACUUCUGUGUGAAGUUUUAGGUCGGGACGAAGCAGGUCGGAAACAUCGGGGCAAUGUCGUAUUGAGUUCAAUUCAUUUAUUUCAUAAUACAGAGAGGGAGAGGAGAGGGAUAGAGAGAAGGGCUGCAUGCAAUAUGGGGAUUGCAGGGGAAGCAUUAAUGAGGGAUUUGAAGGGUUUGCCUCCAGGUUUCAGAUUUCAACCGACAGAUGAAGAACUGAUUUGCGAUUAUCUGAGGGAAAAAUCCUCCAAAUCCCCCAAACAUGUUUAUUUGGGCUUGAUUACAGAUAUAGAUUUUUACAUGUACGAGCCCUUCGACUUGCCGGGAAUAUCGUGCUUUGAGGGAACAGGUGUGGAUAACGAUAAGCAGUGGUUUUUCUUCACGCACGGAGAUUCGAAGAAGUAUCUUAAGGGGUCGAGGCUCAACCGCGCAACACGGGGUGGCUAUUGGAAGACCACGGGCAGAGACCGCGAGGUUUUCUCAAAUGGUGUAAUUGUAGGGAUGAAGAAGACACUCGUGUUUUAUCAAGGCCGGGCGCCUCAUGCGGGGCGGACCAACUGGAUCAUGUAUGAGUAUAGGCUUGCUAAUGACUCCGACGCCAACGCCAAAUUCUGUUCGUCGGGAAAAGAACCGUCAAAAAAGGAUUCUUUUGUCCUAUGCCGAGUGUCUCUGAAAAAUGGCAGUGAGAAAAAGACCAAAGGGCAGCAUGGAGGUUUAGAUCAAGGAGAAAAAUCAACUCCAGCAGGUUCUGCAGUUGCUACAGAAAAAGAACUGCAUGAGAAUGUGAUAAUUUCAACUGCAAAGGAGGUUGAAAUAAGAGACAGAGAUUUACCUUUUGGGCCUUUCACUACUUCCUCUGAGGAAAAUUGCCUUCCUCCAGAUGAUGAUCUUCAAAAGUUUUUACUAGAAUGCCUUCACGAUCCUGCUGAGGAAGAGACUGGUGAUGGUUUACUGCAAGUUUCAGAUGGGGGUGUACAAUCCAAUUUAUUUGAUGAGCUUUAUGCUUCUUCAAAGGACAUUGACAGUCUAAAUGAUGAAGCAAGCAUUUUGAGGCCUGGUUAUUUAGUUGAUUCAAGAAUAAAUGGAGAAAACAAUGUACCUACAGAUCUUUUCAUGCACGGAGACACUUCUGAAUUGUGGGAUUUGGAUGGAUUUUCAUCUCCAUCUGUUUUAGCUGGAGACUUUUUGGAAUUGAAAGACAUGAUACUUCCGUGGUAGUUGAAUUUUGUUGUCUAUACAGAUUUCUGUCACAAAUAUGGCCUAUGAUUGCCCCUGAUUAUUCACUUGUCAUGAAAAAUAUUCAGACACACCAGAACAUCAUUUGCAAGGACUUCUUGGAUACUGUAAGCUCAAAUGUGAGCUUGUAUGGCUUGUUAUGGAUAUGGAUGAGCAGCUGAAGAAAAUUCUGGAAAGUUAGAAUAGGUUAUUUGGAUGGUCAAGCUUGAUUCAGAUGAAAAACUUCUCAGCUUUUGAAUACAGCAGCAGUCAAUGUGUUAUAGUGUUAGCAACACUUUCUAGGACAUCCUAUUUAUGGGAUGUGCUCAUCUGUUUAAAGGUACAUUUGCUUGAAAUCCAAAUUAUUUGCUGUUUGAAGAUAACUAGAGGGAGAAGUUAUUUGCUGUUCGACUAUGACUCAAUGGAGAAGCGCAUGAAACCUCUUCAGCACUUCUUUAUGGUUCAAAAUGCUGAAGUAUUCUUGAAAGUCAUCAGCUCUUAUUUACAGAAGGAAACUGCUACAAACCAAAUUAAAUCAACUUAAUGGUUUGGUGUCAUUUUGACAUGAUUCUGUUUGUUGAUUACAUGAUUUAUAUAUAUUUGGCUGGAACCUAAUUUAAGGAUUCAGAGUUUUGCUGAAAUAAUUAAGGUAAAGGUUAGAUUUUCUGAGUUAAA